UGACACAAACCAACACAACACAUUUAGAAAACGCAUUAAAUGCGCACUUUUACUUCACCAGGUGCGGUUAUUAGCUCUAAUGCUGGAUAAAAGCGCCGGAUCACUGUGUGGAGACACACUUUUGGCUCUGUGACAUCUUUAAAAUGAUGUUUCUGGGCGGAUCACAGCGACGCCACGGUGGUCGCAGUCAGACGGCCUCCUACGUGAAGCGAGUCGCGUCCGUCGUUUAGUUUCGGUUUUGUCUUCGGGCUCUCCAGCCAGACUUCCUCAUCCGCCCCAGCGGGAGCGGCAGGGUCCGCUCUUCCAGGCUGAUCCUCGACCCACCGAGGAUCGAUCACUUCGAGGCGGGCAGCGUGAGCUGAACUUCGGACUGCUUCAUGUCGCCGUGCGUUUGCGGAAGCGUCCGUCUCCCCGUCUCCGUCGCAGCCUGCUGGAAACGAAACUUUGCAUCGGGCGCAGAGCGAUCGACCUCACUAUGUUCAGCUCUUUGACACGGAUUUAAGAGCAAAGGAUGGAUGGUGAAAGAAACGAUGGGGGCGGCGGCGCCGGCGGCGGAGGAGGAGGACCGGAGGUGGUGGAUGAGUUUGCGUGUGCUGGGAUGUUGCGGGUAUCUCUGACCUCCCUGCACAGCACCGUGGAGCGGAUCUUUGGGGUGACGUUCAGCAUCGGGGCAGAAGAUGUGUCUCACGGCAACAACGGGCAGAUAUGGUUGAAACUACAAGGGCAGAGCAGCAGUGUGAAAGCGGCUAAAUUGUUUGUGAAAGGAUUUGUGAACCAGGAGGAGCAGCAGGAGGUUUCCUAUCCCGGGGUCCUUCAUUGUGUCUUCUGUGGAGCCAGAGGGCUGUUCAUGGACUGCCUGAUAAGAAGCACCUCAGCACAUAUAGUGGUUGGCUCCACAGGAUUCCUGCUUAUAUCAGGUCUUGCAGAGCCAGUGGUGCGAGCAUAUUCCCUUAUCACAGACCUGGUGGAGAGGUAUGAGGGCACUCAGUCCAGACGCUCUGAAAUUGGGGACAGAGGCUCAGGCGAGUCUCUGGAUUCCCGCCGGGCCUUCAAAACUCUAGUGGAGAAAUGGGAGGACAGGCACAUCCUGGAUCUACUGGUGUUACCAGGGUCAGUGAAGGAAAUCCUGCUGGAUUUGGUGAAAGAAUCGGCGCUUGGAUCAAACCCCAGUCUGGUACUAACAGAUGGACAUGCAGGGGCAAGAUCACAUGGGGGUUCAGAGGGUAGAUGGGACAGCACUACUGAUCAGUGGGUUGAAGGAAUGAUGGCAGGUUCGGGUAAAGACUCUGCAACUAAAGACCCCUUCUUCCAGUCGCUCUCCACUGCUACUGGUGCCCGAGGGAGAGCAGAGGGUGCUGAGGAAAGACUCAUGCGUGCUCCACAGGAGGUGGGAGAAGAGGAGCAGCUGGAGCAAGUGGCAACAUUAAGAGCCAAAGUGACAGAGGGAGCAGAGCAGGAGGAGGAACAGGAGCUGCAGUUUUUGCUUCUUUUGAAGUUCUUCACAGCCAUGGGGUACACGGAGGACGUCGUAAGACGGGUACUUGCCCGGACAGGACCCAAAGAGGCCUCACAGAUACUGGACUUGGUUCAACAGGAGCAGGAUCGCAGUGACCGGGAGCAGAGAGUUCAGCUUGGCCAAGACCAGAAAAAUAAAGAUGGUAUUGCCUUGAAUCAAAGCGAGAGGAACCGACCUUGCGAGACGGAGCACAGAGAAGAUGAAGAAGUGGCAGGAGGUGGUACGGUGAUAAGUAAUAAUGGAGAGGUGGGAGAAGUUUGUGAGGGAGAGGGGGAUGGAGCGACAGGAAGCACAGGGCACUUUGAGGGAGAGUGUAGCGCCGAGGAAAAGGAGGAAGGACACGAGGAAGACUUUGUCUUGGGAGUAAUGAAGAAAGCUGCGGCCAGCUGCGGGUACAUGGAGCAGGAAGUAGCCAAAGUCUACAACAUGUUGCCUGAUCGAUCCACCCACCAGCUGCUCCUGGAGCUGCAGAGAGAGGGGAGCAAAGAGACAGACGGCUUCAGGGAGGGACCGAGAGAGAUGGAUGAUGUGGUGCUGGAGAAAGGAGGGCCAAAAGCUGGACCAGCAGAGGAUAAAGCAAGAGGAGAAGUCAAGCUUUUCAUACCCACAGAAAAGAAAGAAUCUGAUGAUAAAGGAUGGGAAGUAGUGCCAAACCUAACUGCACCUGUCGCAGAGCCAAAUUUGUUUAGUUGGACGAUGAAGCAGCCUGCCAACCAGCAGCCUGCCACGAAUCAAUACACCUCACAACCGAAGCAACACCAGCCUUCCACAAAGUCACAAACUCCACACCAAGUCAUCCCUCCUGAAGUCAAAGGGCCACCCAUGCCUACUUAUUCCUCAUCCUUAGAUCCUCCACACACCAAUUUCCAAUCUAACAAACAAUAUGGCCAAACCAGCUUCUGGCCUAAUCCAUCCACCUCAAAACAAAAACAACCCAACCAAGACAACAUCUUGAAUCCAAAGCCCCAGUCUUCAAGCUCCUUAAAACGAGCACUCCAAGCCCCUCAACCCGCCAUCUUAACUGGGAAAGACUCGUCUCCCACUAGAGCGAGGGACAGACGGGGCUUCGUGGCCGCCUCGUCGGUGGUGGUGACAGGGGAGCAGCGUUUCCUGGAAGGCCUGCAGAUGCCCUUCGACCUUCAGCUGACAGACCAGCCCGGAGACCCGAAGCUGAGGACGAUCAUCAUCGACGGGAGCAACGUAGCCAUGAGUCACGGGCUGGGUCACUUCUUCUCCUGUCGAGGAAUCGCUCUGGCCGUCCAGCACUUUUGGGACCGAGGCCAUCGUCACAUCAGCGCCCUCCUGCCACAGUGGAGGCAGAAGAGCGACCCCAAGACCAAAGAGCAGCACUAUCUAGGGGAGCUGCAGAAGCUGGGCCUGGUAUCCUACACGCCCUCCAGAGAGGUCCAGGGCAAGAGGAUCAGCUCGUACGACGACAGAUUCAUGCUGCAGCUUGCACAGAAGACAGACGGAGUGAUCGUUACUAACGACAACCUGAGGGACCUUUCAGAUGAGUCCACUGUUUGGAGGGACAUCAUCAAAAAGAGACUUCUUCAGUAUACGUUUGUUGGGGACCACUUCAUGGUGCCGGAUGACCCUCUGGGCAGAGGAGGACCUCACCUGGACGACUUCCUACGCUCAGAGCACAGGACUCCUGAUCCAGGAAACCACUCUUUUGCCUGCGUAGCCACCACUUUCCCUUCCUCCAAGCCUCCACGCUCCCAAACGGAGGUCCUGAACUUCCGCGACAGAACUCUGGGCGGCGCUCUGGACGCAGCUGGUGGAGGGAGCCGGGGAAAGGCGAGAGGACAUGGAAAGGGAUGGGACGUGGGACACCAGCAGAGGCAGUUAGGGGCUUCAGGUGCAGACAGGAGUCAAGAGGAAACAGCCAACCUGAGAGAGCAGCUUUGUCAGGUGUUCGCGGGUCAGGACAGCAUGGUGGCGCUGGUGCUGCAGUGCAACCCGGCAGAGACGGACAUCAACGUGCUGUCUGAUCUGAUCCUGGAGCAGCAGAAGGACUAGACAUCUUUUAGUUUUGUGGUGUCUCUGAGAUUAUUCAGACUUUUUUUAAGAUGAAUUUUGCUCUGGUUUAAGCGAUAUAACUGUGUUUCUCACCAAAGCAGCUACAUCAGAUCACACUGGCUAAUCUGCAUUAAGAAGGAUUUCACAAAAAGAUCAACUCUAUGUUGAGAGCCAAACACGAGCACAAUUUAACUAUGAUGCAUUUGAAUGCAAGUUCUUUGUCUCAUGUAUAGCUUUUUCUGUCAACUGUCUAAUAAUUGUGUUUUAAAAGUAAUUUUAUAGAAUAUAUUAAAGUUAGCUUGUCACUU